AUGUUUAUCGUUGUUUUUCAGGCGAGAGAUUACUGUGGAAAGUUUGAUGGAAGGGACAUCUAUUGUGAUGAAGGUAUUUUUAAUUAAAGUACUUCGUUGCGGUUUAUCUUACAAAUGAAAGAUUAUGCUCUUACAACCAGUUGGUUGUAGAUGUAUUUCAUUCAAAUGGUUUUACCAAGGCUGGGUUUUACCUCAAAGUAGUUUUAAAAUGCCUUUUUGACGCUUACAUGCGCAUGCCAGUGCACGUUUGCAUCGCUUGAAUUUUUGGAUUGGACUCGUGUAAAUGUUGAUUAUCGGAUCUAGUUUGUUGUGUACUAGCAGUAAUCUUGGAUUAGUAGGUGCAAACCAACGAUAUGUUUAGUUGAUUUUCGUUGUUAUUCAAACUGUUAAGUAUCCAUAUUGAGCGUUCUUAAUUAUUCCUUGUAGCAUUUCUAUACAUAGUUUUGUCCAGAGCAUGCACUUGCCAGUCAUUUGCAUUGUGAUUUGGGUAUCCCUGUACCCAAAAUACAGGGGUGGAUCCAGGAUUUUUCUUAGGAGAGAGUACACCACUAAGAAAAGGUAUAACCGACCGGUGACGUAAACAAAUUUUAAAAACGAAUACAAAGAAGAAGGCUUUUGACUAGGAAUAACAUAAUGUGAACUACUGAGAAUACAUAUCUGCAUAUUAAUAUUGUGCAGAAUACCAGUUGUAUUAGAAAGCCACAGAUCAUCUCAGGGGGAGGGGUGUGCACCCGCUACACCCUCCCCCAAGAUCUGCUCCUGAAUUACUAGUGACAUGGGUAUCCAUAUUCAUAUGACACAAAAAAGUAAGUUUAUUUCUGAGUAUGUUCUAUUUCAGGUCAAUGCUGUGGAGACUUUGAAUGCUGCUCCUACUACAAGUACUAUAAAAUGUGGUGUAAGUGAAGAAUAUCAUCUGUAUUUACAUGAUGUGAGCAUGACAGUUGUUUGGAAAACAAAACAAUAUAUCGUAUUGUUUACUCUCAGGGUUUUGGUUGGCUUGGGGAGUGAUUUGCAUCUUUGCCUGUUGCUGUGCUUACCAUCGAAGGCGUAAUUUUGCCUACCAAUGGCAGAUUAGGAAUUUUAUGUACCCAACAGUACUGCAUGGUGAAUCUGGAAACACAGCUUCUUAUCAACAAUUUGAAAACACUCCAGAAUACAAACUACCUUCAUAUGCUGAAGUGGAGGCUAUGGACAGUCUGGGUCCCCCUGAAGAUGGAGAAGGUGCUCCACCUCCUUAUGUGGAUCCAACUGCAAAUGAGGAAUUACAAGAGGAGAACACUGUUUCACAAGAGACGGUGUAG